GAAGCCAGGAGUCCUGGGCAUGGCCAUGGGAUUCCCUCCGCCUGUCAGUGCGCGCUAGGGUGGCCUCCAGGAGAGCCCUCGCAGGCUGAGGGGCGCGCGCUGAGCCGGCCGGACCAGUGGAGCAGUCUGAGGGCAGGCGGACCCAGUGUGGACAGCGGCCAUCGCCAGGUCUGAGUUGCUGAAGUGCGCUGCAGGCGCAGUGGCACACAGGCCCAAGGAGGUCGCCCAAGGAGGUCCACCAGUCCGACUUGUACGCGAAUAUCUGUGCCCUCCACACUGCCACUAAGGUGAUGGUGAGAUCCAAAGGAGGCGAUGUAUAUAAAGUGCUAUGCUACCCAAAACCUCUUGGCAACCUCUCCAAGGCUGGAAUGUCCUCUCACUCCCUUGAAUAUACAGGGCAGUUUCUUCACCACUAACAAAGCCCCCGAAACCAAGAAGAACAUUUCACAACAAAAUAGGUGAUCCAGAGGCAUGGCCGACCAGAACAUCUCCCAGCCCAGCCUGUGUAACCCUGUCUGGAUGCAGCCCCUGACCGGACUUUAUGGCGCUGUGUUCAUGGGCGGGGUGGCCGGCAUCUUCUGCAUCUUGUUUGUACUGGUGAAAAUGAACUCUCGGUCCGUGACCACCGCGGGGGUCAUCAACCUGGUGGUGGUGCACAGCGUCUUCCUGCUGACGGUUCCUUUCCGUCUUGUCUACCUGAUCAAAGAUAAGUGGUACUUUGGGCUGACGUUCUGCAAGGUGGUGAGUGCCAUGCUCCACGUGCACAUGUACCUCGCUUUCCUUUUCUACGUGGCCAUCCUGGUCGUCAGGUACCUCAUCUUCUUCAAGCGCAGGGACAAGGUGGAGUUCUACCGCAAGCUGCAUGCCGUGGCUGCCAGCACCGCCAUGUGGGUGCUGGUGACAGUCUCCAUCAUCCCGCCGCUGCUGACCCAGUAUGGCUCCCGUGGGGAGUAUGACGACACCAAAUGCUUUGAGUUCCAGGAAGAAUUGAAGGACAGCUACGUGAAGAUCAUCAACUAUGUGGUGGCCAUCGUGGUCAUCGCCAUCGCCAUCACCCUCUUGGCCUUCCAGGUCUUCAUCAUCGUGUCCAUGGGGAGGAAGCUGCCCCAUGCCCGGUUGUCCCACCAGGAGUUCUGGGCCCAGCUGAAGAACCUCGUUUUCAUCGGGGUCAUCUUCACCUGCUUCCUUCCCUAUCAGUUCUUCAGGCUGUACUAUCUGCAAGACCACACCCCCAAGAACUCAUGCCACCCCAAUGUGUGGUAUAAUGAGAUCUUCUUGAGCAUGACUGCUAUCAGCUGCUUUGACUUGCUGCUCUUUGGCCUUGGAGGGAGCCGCUGGUUCAAGCAGAAGGUCUCUGAGCUCCUGAGCUGUCUCUCAUGCUGUCUGUGCAGAGCCAAGAUCUGACUGCCCACAGGUGCCACCAGCAGGGUUCAGAUCUGCCGGGUGGCCCAGGAGAGUGAACUUUUUUUUUAAAUGUUAGAGGACAAGGAGGGAUCUCUAGAGGGAAAAGAUUAUAGGGGGUUAGAGAUGGGUGUUUAUAUUUAUGGGAAUGGGAGGAUAGGGGAGGAAUCCUUGGAGGGGGUAGGUUAAGUAAUAGGAGGGCAAGAUAGCAGGUAGAAGUAGAGGAAUCAGAAGGGAUAGGAAAUAAGAGAUAGGCAUGAACAAAAAAUAAAGAUUGGGAAUAGAAUUAUUAGCGAAAAUACAUGUCUAUAUAAAGUGUGUGUGUAUAUAUAUAUGUAUAUACAUAUAUAUACAUAUAUAUACAUAUAUAUAUAUAUAUAUAUGCACAUAUAUAUGUGUGUGUAGAAAUAUAUCCACACUUAAUUGUAGUCUUAGAGGGGUGGAGAGGGCAAAAAAGAACAAAGUAAAAAGUGCACUGAGAGAAAAUAAAACUUACAAGGAAGCAGAGAAAAAAUGGA